ACGCUAGAUCGAUGUUUUGACCUUUUAACUAUGGCCAAACCAUUAAGGACACCGCUGUCAGCAUCAUCUAACAAAGGCACUCCUACACUUAUUCUAGGCAGAUUUCUUAAUAAAGCUGUAUUUGAUUUGAUAAAAUAUCGUAUUACCAAACUAGAUCAUGACUUAUUUGAUGUCAUAUGGCCAGCUGUGAAGAAAAUUCCAAAUAAUAGAAAUAUAUUACAAACUAUAGAGGAAGACUUUCCUGGCGGAGUAACUGCACCUGAUUAUCAUGUAUAUGAAGUUUUCAAUGAAUUUUUAACACCAUUUAUCAAGGACUUACACAAUAUAAAUGUAUCUUCUGAAUUACCUAUGCAUCCACCAUCUGAUUUUAUAAAAAAAUCCAAAUCCUCGAUGGAAUUAAAUGUUGAUCCAACUGAUGAAUAUGUUUUCGCCGGCUACAUAGAAUGUUCAAGAAAUUUGGAAUACUUCGAACUUCCUAUUAAUAUUAAAGUAGGUAAAUUAGAAGCUAUCGAAAGAAUAAUAACGACUAUUAUAUUAGAUUCAGAAUUUACGAAAGUAACUGAUCAUAAAAAUCCAAACUCCGAUAAAAAAGGAGGAACUUAUUUUACAUUAAACGAAGUAUUGGAAAAACCAUCAGAGUUAAGUGCAACAUUAGCGUCUUCUGGAUUAUUGAUUGCUCUCUGUGACAGAGAAGAAAUAGAUGAUUAUAGCAGACUUCACGGCAGACAUUGGCCAUAUGGUAGGGGAGUUUAUUUAAGUGAUGAUAAAACCGUUGCAAUUUGGAUCAACGUCCACGAACACUUACGAGUACUAGUUUCAACACCAACAGACUUCCCUGGUGAAAUCGGCUUGCCUUUUAAUAAAAUGUCACAAAUUAUGACAUACCUCCAUGAUAAACUUAAUUUUGUAUGGCAUGAUAAACUCGGGCACUUAUCGAGUAGACCCACAUUUCUAGGUGCUGGAAUAAGAUUUAAUCUGAUUGUUAAUUUUCCUGCACUUUCACAGGAUUGUGAAAAUCUAAAGCAUUUGUGUGCUGUAAGAGGUUUACAGUAUAGGGAGACAUUUAGCAGCGAUAUCGCAAGAAUUAGUAAUUAUCAGUCUUUGAGUAUUUCUGAGAGCAUUUGUUUUGACGACUUUGCCACAGCAACAUCAAAUCUUCUGCAACUUGAGAGAGAUGUGUCAAUGCAAAAUUCGGCACACAUCGCUACAAUGCUCAGCAAUAUAUUUCGCAGAAAAAGAAGUGGCCAUGCUGGUUUAGACAGCCCGAAUAGAAAAUUGCAAGAUAAACAUUAAUAAACAAAUUUUAACGUUUCCAGAAAAUAAUA